AUGGCAACACAAUAGUCUUAGCUGCAAGUUAAAAAAAACAACGAUGUUUUUGCAGAUUAUAAGCUCAAUCCUCAAGAGCGCUAUGAAAAAGUUUAUAGAAUAGGUUAGGGAGCCUUUGGAGUUGUCUAUCAAGCAAUAGAUAAAUUUACUGAUAAGAUAGUAGCCAUAAAAAUACUAAAAAUUAACAGUGAUUUAAAUAGUCAUUUAAAUGAAGAAACUACUCUAAGUGAUAUGAACUCUAAGUAUAUAGUUAAACUUUAUGACAAAUACAUAGAUGCAAAAAAUAAAGAAAUUUGGCUUGUUAUUGAGUUUUGCAACAUGGGUUCACUUGCAGAUGUAAUUAAUAUCACUGGUUAAACAUUUUUUGAAGCUGAAAUAGCUUGUAUUUUAGAUAAUGUUCUUUAAGGGCUAGAUUAUUUGCAUAAAAAUCACAGAAUGCAUAGAGAUCUUAAGAGCGCUAACAUACUACUAAAUAAUGAAGGCGAAGCUAAGCUAUCAGAUUUUGGUGUAGCCUCAUGCAAGUCAGAUGCAGAUACAUUUGUUGGAAGUCCUUAUUGGCUAUCACCAGAACAGCUUAAUAAAUAAAAAUAUACAAAUAAGGUAGAUAUUUGGGCACUUGGUAUAUGUAUUAUUGAAAUGGCUGAAGGAAUGCCUCCUUAUGGUGAUCUUCGCCCAACUUCAGCAAUGAAAAUGAUAAAGUAAAACCCGAUAGUUAAUUUCUAAGACCCUCAGCAGUUUUCAGAUGAGCUUAAUAACUUUCUUUGUCAUUGCUUACAGAUUAAUCCUGAAGAUAGGUGGACUGCAGAAUAGCUAUUAAAUCAUGAUUUCUUUAAAAUUCAUAAAGAAAACUUAGAAUACGAAAGAAAGAGUUUAUAUGAAAGAAGAAAAAAUGCACUUUAAUAAUACAAAAUUGCAAAUCUUAAAAACGAGAUUAGCAAUAGCAGCUAUUCAGGAUCUAACUCUAGUAUUAACUAUUCUUAUUAUAGGAAUUAGUUGCUUUUUAAUUCGCAAGAAUAACAAUUGUAGAUUCAAAAUCAAAAUAAAAGUUCAAGUGAUUCUUCUUAGGCUGAGUAGAAUUUCCAAACAUUUAUAGAAAAAAAUAGUUUCUAAAAAACUUUUAUUGAGAAGGAUAGUAGUUCUAAUGAUAGUCAAAAUAAUUUUGGGUAAUAAAAUUAGAAAUAGUAACAACAACAACAAUAACAAAAAUAAUAGAAUAAUAAUGAUUACAUUCCAUCUUACUUUUAAUAUUUUGGAAUUAACUGUAACCAAUCACCUAAUAAUAAUUUCAAUAUUUAAAAUAAUAUAAAUGUUCAAAUUAUAAAUACAUCUAUUUCUGAAGAUAAUUCUGUAACAAAUAACACAAAUAUAAAUUAUGGAGUAGGUCGAAUAAACAAUUUUUUUAACUAAGCGAGUUCUAAAUCUUCUAUUCACAAAGGAUGUAACUCACAAUAAAAUUCUUCUAGGAAGCAUUAUUAAAAUUAGUAAGAUAGCAAACGCCCAUAAAGCUCAAAUACUAAAGAACAACCUCAUGAUAUCAAUUCAUCAUCAGAUGAUAUAGAAAAUGAUGAUUAUGAUCAAUAAGAAUUACAUUAUGCAAAAGAUUGUUUUUUAAACCCUAACAAUUUUAAGAAUUCAAUAAAACAAAAUAGCUUUAUCAAAAAUAUUUCUAAGGCUCUUUCAGAGUAAAAUUUUUCUUUAAAAUCAAUUUAAAGAACACAAAUGGAGUAAAUCUUAACCUCUCCUAGAGGCAAUAAUAUAGAAUAUUAAUAAUAAGAAAAAGACUAAGAAGAUUAAAAUAGAUUUUCUAGACAUUCCAAGUUCAAAAAUAUAAGAAAUAGAUAAGUUUCGCCUAAUAUAUAAUAGGAACAUUCUCGUUAAAAUUCAAAAUCUGCCAACAGAUACACGUCUGAAGAUGACUCAAGCUAAAAUGGAUCAAAUAUAAUCAUCAAAAAUUAAAAUAGCAUAAUUGAAGAGAAAAUUUCAAAGAUUAAUCAAAGCUAGCCAAAUACUUCAAGAAAAUAAACAAAUCAAUAAAACGAAUAAUUAAAAAAUGAUACUUCUAUUUAAAAAUAAGAUGCUACAAACACAGAGCUUGAUAAAUAACCAAACUAAUGUAACAAUUAAAUAAAUCAGGUUUCUCAAAAAACUAUUCAAGUACCAAAGCUUUAGCUUUCAGACUAGAAUAGUAUGAAAAAUAAUUUAGAUGAAGUAUACAAUUACAGCAGUAGCAAUAGAAAUAAAUUAAAUAAUAACAGCUCAAAUAAAAGUGAAUAAAAUAAUUUUAACAAUGCUAAUUAAAAUAAUAUUUAAAUUUCUAUGUUUAACAAAGAAACGAAUUUUUCAAUGCUUAACAGCUAGCAAAAUUAGUAAAUGACAAAUAACAAAAUGAAUAGUUAAUAAAAUUUAACUGUUAACAACAGUAAUAAGAUUAUCCCACAAUGGAUCAACUAUUCAUAAUACCAAAAACUAUCAAAUUCAAAGCAAUAAACAGAUAAAAAAGAAUAACAAUUAUAAUUUAGAGAAGAGGAUUAAUUAACAAUUAAAAAGUUACCUGAAAAUAUAAAUUCAUCUAUUAUCAAUAACAAUCAGCACAAUCUUGAGGAAACUCCAUGCAAAUCUGAAAAAGCUUAGUUAAUUUUGCAAACUACAGAAAAAAUAAAAAAGUAUUCAUCUGAUUAGAGCAAUUCAAAUGAUGUAUUUAAUGUAGACACUGUGAAUAAUAGAAAUAAGUAUAAUUAAGAAUAAAACACUAAAAUUAAUCAACAAGAGUGUAUAUCUAAUUUUUCUCUUUUGUAGAUUCCUUCUAGUCAAAAUAUAACAAACAGUUAAAAUAAUCACAGUUAAUAUAUCUAAUAGUCUCCUAUUAAAAAUUCUGAUUAUAACUAAAACCAUCUAUUCACUCCAAAUAACAGCUCAUAAACUAAGCAAGAUUUAAACAAUUAAAAAUAAUAGUUAUCAAAUAACACAAUUAAUACUAACAUAACUUUAAUAGAGCGUUUGCCUACGAAUAAUUUUGAUUCACAAUUUCGCUCAAAGCCUCAAAAUUCUCCACACUUUGAGUAAAUACAGUAAUAAGUGAUAUAGAAGAAUUUAAAUAAUUUUUAAAAUACAAAAGCCUAUAACGAAAAAUUAAAUUUUCAAUAAAUUCCUUAAAUUUAAAACAAAUUCACAAGGCAAUAAAAUUCUUCAAGCUAAUCUCCUGUAAUGAACUUCUAACAAAUAAGUGGAUUUUAAUCUUCUUUUUUGAAGUUGGAUGAUUCAAAUAAGUUAAACAAUAUUCCUAACUUGAAUAUAAGCAGUGUAAAUUAAAAUACAAACAAAAAUUUAGAUGUCAAUAAUUCUAGCUAAAGACAAGGAAGAAGACAUAAAAUAUUUGAGGAUAUAAAUAGACCUAAGAUUAUGAGCUAGCACAUUAAUACAUCUAACUGCUCAUCAAAUGCUUAAAAUAUAAGUGGACUGAGAGAAAACUCAGCUAAUACGGAAUAUAGAAACACCUCAAUAAACACUUCAUUAAUUCCAGAUAACACUCCUGUAAGCAAUCAAAAUUAAACUUAAGCAAACUAAAAGCAAUAAUUUAAUUAAUUCCCUGUUAGCAUUUUGGAAACACUAAUAAAGCCUUCCUCAUAAAACCUGAAUUAAUAAAUUUAUUAUGGAAUGCAAAAGUAAAAAUCUUAAGUUUCUUAAAACGUAACCAAUAUUACUUAAUAAAUGCAGCCUGAAAUUAAAAGAAUCUAGCCUAUAUCUAUGAUAAAAUAAUCUCCUCAAUAACCAAUAGUGAUAGCAACACCUUCAAAUAAUAGCCGAUAAAGAAACUUCAGCAAUGAAAGCAACUAAAGCAUGCAGUCUUUUUAUAAUAACUAAACUCAACUUAUAAGCAACAUAACCCAGAGCAAGAAUAUCACCAGCAACGAUAACCAAGAAGUUAAUUAAAUUAAUCCAAACAGUUACACUAACAAUUCUAACAACUAUACUAAUAACUAUUAAAAUCCAAAUCUUAAUUCAUCCAGAUUAAAAAUAUUUGAGUAAUAAAAGCAAAAUAGCAAUAACUAAAAUUAAAGAUUUGUAAAUGGAUUUGAAAACCUAAAUUAACAAACAGCGCAGUAGUAACAGAGUUUUAUACAAUAUAACCAAUAACAAUAACUAAAUAGCUAAAAAUAUCAAAAUAUGUAAUAAAGAAACCAAACAAAUCCUAGCUUUUCUCCUUAUUAAUAACCUCAAUCUCAACUAAAAAAUAAUUAAUAACAAGAAAAUCUAUUUUACUACUAUUAAAACUUCAAAAUUUGA